AUGGCUACACAAACGAUGAAGGCUGUCAACUACCAGGGCCCUUACAAGGUCACUGUGGAAGACAUUGAACUGCCCAAGCUGGAACAUCCUGACGACGUCAUUGUCAAGGUCACAACUGCUGCCAUUUGUGGCUCCGACUUACACAUGUACGAAGGCCGAACAGCAGCAGAACCCGGCAUCACAUUCGGUCAUGAGAAUAUGGGAAUAGUCGAACAACUCGGCGAAGGCGUCACUCUUCUAAAGAAAGGAGACCGCGUCGUCAUGCCCUUCAAUGUCGCCGAUGGUCGCUGCCGUAACUGUGAAGAGGGCAAAACUGCUUUCUGUACUGGCGUCAACCCUGGCUUUGCAGGAGGCGCCUACGGUUAUGUCGCCAUGGGUCCUUACAGAGGUGGUCAGGCGCAGUAUAUCAGAGUUCCGUAUGCCGACUUUAAUGCUCUCAAAUUGCCUGCUGGCAAGGAACAUGAGGCUGACUUUAUUCUUCUCGCUGAUAUCUUCCCCACCGGCUGGCACGGUAUUGAAAUCUCUGGUUUCCGAUCAGGCGAGAGCGUCGCUGUAUUUGGUGCUGGUCCUGUAGGUCUCAUGGCCGCUUACUCGGCUGUUCUACGCGGUGCGUCAAGAGUCUUCGUCGUCGACCGCGUUGCCGAGCGUCUUCAAGCCGCUGAGAAGAUCGGCUGCACUGCCAUUGACUUCUCCAAGGGCGAUGCCGUGGAUAUGAUAAUCAAGGCCAACGACGGAGAGGUUGAUCGAUCUGUUGAUGCUGUUGGUUAUCAGGCAGUUGGCAACAGCGGUGAUAAAGAACAGCCUAACAUUGUUCUCGAGAACAUGAUCCGCGUUACCAGAGCCUGUGGUGGUCUUGGAAUUCCAGGUCUUUACGUCCCUAGCGAUCCUGGUGCGUCUGACGAGGCUUCUGCCAAGGGAAUGAUUAGCCUUAGCUUCGGAAAGCUCUUUGAAAAGGGACUUACCAUUGGCACCGGUCAGUGCAAUGUCAAGUCUUAUAACCGUUACCUUCGAGACCUUAUCAUUUCUGGUCGGGCCAAGCCCAGCUUUGUUGUCUCGCAUGAGAUCAACAUUGAUGAAGCUGAGGUCGCUUAUGAGAAGUUUGAUAAGAGGAUUGAUGGAUAUACCAAGGUGCUUAUCCACCCCAACGGCGGGUUUUAA